UUGCAGUCGGAACGCGAUACUCGUCAGCUCGUCAGUCAGCUUCGUGCACCAACAGAAGGCAGUAUGAAGUGGCGGACUGACAGCGCAGUCAAUGCUACCGCUGCAGAAAAAGGCGGUCGCUAUGGCAAACGGAGCAGCGCUUCGUCCGAGGCACCCCAGAAUGGAGUGUUUAGACCUCUGUCAUCCUACCGGGAGUCCUGGAAACCUGAGGAGGGCGUGACGGCAUCCGGAGUGUUCAGGGCUUUGUCGGAAGAUGGACCGCCUUCAACUACAAGAGAUACGACAAAUACUGUAAUUUACAAUACACAGUCCGAGUACGCAGUAGGGAUAGAAACUGCCGCGACAAGGCAGGCAGAGAGUCAGAAAGUUAGAACGGGCUCUGACAUCCCAAACAAGUCUCAAAUCUCAGGCACUAAAGAAUCUAGAACAACUCCUGUGUCAGAUAAGCGCAAUAGAAAUGAAAGAUCAGGUCAUCCUCACGUGCAUUCAGAGCUUCCCAAGCGGAAUUGUAUCAAGAAGUCGGAUUUGUCAGAAGCCAAGCGUGUUGAGAGCGAACCUAGCGGAGAUUCUACACAUUACAACCUCCAUACUCCUGGCCCUGGCCCUGCUAGCAGUGCCAGUGAGACAGUUGCUAAUGGUAGUUGUAGAUACGUCAAGCUGGAGCCAUCUUCGUCCUUAUCUUCCCCGGGAGAAAGUCAAGGCAUGCACCCCGCGGCCCGCGAUACAGGGCAGCAACACGGCUUCGGUUCGCGUGGUGUGUCCCCCCUGAGCAGGGCAAGCAGCCCCAGCACGAACAGCAGCAGUGGAAGUUCCUACAACCUUUCAUCAACGACAGAAACUACGGGUGAGAGCAGAGGUCCAAGGGCGACCCUCAUGGGAUCAACCACUGGACUUCUCUCAGAUAAUUCAUCAUCUUGCUCCCAGUCAAAAACCAAGGUGGACGGUGGCUGCAUGCCAGGCCUCAGCGCCACCCUCACCAUCCUCUCCCUCGCGGCCAACCUUGGCAAUGUUCUCCGUCUUCCCCGCGUCGUAUAUCUGAGUGGCGGCGAAGAGGCCGGUACUUUCUUAGUCACGUACGUCUGUAUCAGCAUAGUUUUUGGUAUCCCUUUAGUUUUCCUUGAAAUUGGAUUAGGUCAGUUCUGCCAGGAGGGAACAACAAAACUGUGGAGAGCUGUCCCUUUGUUGAAAGGUAUUGGCUAUGUGAAAAUACUUGCAUCAGGGCUGCUUUCCAUCUACUACCCAUUGCUCAUUGGGCUGUCUGUGUUCUACCUAGUUUGGGGUUUGAAGGGACCCAUCCCAUUCCCAGAAUGUUCUGAAGCAGGCACACCCAUUAAUGGUGAAGAAUGCUUGCAACUUACAUUCCUGAAGUCAGUAAAUGAAGAUGCAAUGUGGUUUGGAGUCAGUGUAGCAUUCCUUUUUCUACUCUGGGCACUUUUCAUGUUGUGCAUUUUUAGAAGUGAACAUUCAUAUAGAGCAUCAGUCUACUUCAUCCUUGUCCCAGUAAUUGUCUGUCUCAUCACCCUGCUUGUACAGUCAGUUCUAAGUGACACAUCAGUUAAUGGAUUGCAGAAACUGGUGACAUUCCAUUGGGACUACCUUCUAGAUAUUAAAGUGUGGUAUUUUGCAACUGUCCAGAUGUUCUUCUCAACACAUCUGGGUUUUGGAAAUAUAGUGACAUGUGCUGGAAGGCUUUAUUCAAAGAAAAAUGCCUUGUGGACUGCAGUGGCAUAUGUUGUGUGCAACCUUGUGAUUGGAAUCCUAACAGUGUGUAUUGUGUAUCAGUGGAUUGGACAGAGAAAGCCAGACAAUCUGAACAUUAAUAUACCUGAAGGAUUCAUCUACACAUUGACCUAUGAUGUAGCAGUCAACUGCAUGGGAAACCUUAAACAGUUGUGGUCAGCUCUCACUUUCUUCUCAAUUAUCUGUACAGGUUUCAUUGCUAUGGUAGCAGUACUGUACACAGUACUGGUGGCUGUUACUCUAGAAGUCAAUAAAAGAUGGAGCUGGUGGACUGUGGCAGGGUGUAUAUGUAUCACUGGCUUCCUCACUGGAAUUAUCUGCAUUAUACCGUAUAAUAUGGAGGUUGUCCAUAUCUUGGAUCAUUAUGUCAUUGGAAGAAUGGUCAUAGCAUCUACUGCCCUGGAACUAGUGGCAUUUGCAUGGAUAUAUGGAAGCAAUACGCUGUAUAAUGAUUUUGAAUUUGUUCUUGGCCGUAAACUUAACCCCAUCUGGAAAAUAAUCUGGUUAAUUACACCAUUCCUUCUGAUAGUGGUUGAGAUAUGGUCCAUGGUGUCACUUCCUCUCACUGGGUUUCCAGGCAAAGACAGUGAUCCUGUGUGGGUUUAUGUAACAGGCUGGGUCCUGUAUUUAUCGACAUGGGUUAUAGUCAUAUCAGCAGCAAUUCAACAGGUCAGCUCCCAGGUGGAUUACAAUCUGUCACAGAAAUUUCUGAGUACAUUAAAACCAUCUCGUAACUGGGGACCUGUUGACACAAUUUACCGCCACUGGUGGGUACAAUGGCGAGUGACUUGCACCAAAACUGGACAAAGAGACUUCACUUUCAAAAGAAGAGGGACCAAAGACUACACAUCCUCAGUGCAGAAAUACCAUACAGCGGAACCUGUAGGCAUAUACAAGGCCACGCCCUCGUCAGCUAAUGGAACUCUGCAACACAACAGAGCAACUGACAGAGGGCCAUUCACAAUUCAGGCCAAUGGUGACCUCCCAGAACAUGUAUGUUGGAGAGGAACUUCACAGCGAGAUGGUGAUGGUACCUGAAAGACCGGAGCUCGUUUGAUAUAGUGGUAGCAAAUAAAGGCUUGUGAACCACAUCCACAGACACGGCCGAACAGGGCUUAUAAGCCACAUUUACAAGGGUAGCAUCCAUAGUGGUAGCCGGACAAGGCUUGUAACUUAUAUCCCCAGUGGUAGCCAAGUAAGUCUUAUAAGCCAUAUUGACAGGGGUAGCCAAACAAGGUUUGUGAGCCAUAUCAACUGGAAUACCCAUAUAAUAAUUGUGAACUGCAUCCAGUUACAAGCAUGUUCAUCAUUCAUGAAUGUUACCUUAAAGCAAGUUCUUUUGUUGUUGUUGUUGUUGUUGUUGUUGCUGCUGCCUGUUAUGAAUUAGUUAAUAUCUAGCCAUAAUGCACUAAUAAGUUGAGAGAAUUGUGAACAUAAAAUACUGUAACGUGUUGCGUUACUGAAGACGCCGUAUGGAUCGUUAACUGGUUUAUUUAACAACCUACAAGU